CAUUUGUGCGCAUGGACAGUGAGUGUGGAGGGUGACAGAAAUGCACUGCUAAAUUCAUUAUUUGUGAGAGUCAUUGCAGUAAUUCAGGUGUGUCUUGCUCUGUUUAGUGACUGGAUUUACAGGAGGACGAUUCGAAGCAGAAAACCAGCAAAAAGAAUUUUGAAGAUGUUGGUUUCAAUGUUAACAGCUCUCUACAUGAUGAUGAGACUAGCUGAACAGCUAGGUGUCAGGUGUGUUCGACAGCAGGAUGCUUUGCCCUACAUGGUGUCUCAGCCACUACCCUGGCAGGUUCAUUAUGUCUCCCACAGCCGAAGAGGAAGCAAAGCAGAAGAGCAUGAAGGCCAGAGAAGAAACAGCUUGGGUGUGUAUAGAAAAAAUUCAACUUCCAGCAAUGGACAACCAGUCCAAGCUAGAUGUGCAGACAAGGCAGCCACCACUAUUCAGCACCAGUACAGGAAGUACCAGCAGAAGAAGCAUAAGCAGACAAAAUAAAGGAGCAGCAGCCAGACCAAAAUGACCAGAUACACACUUGCUCUCUGAUAUAAGGCCAUUUUGCCCCUCUAAGAGGGUGUACAAAACUGGCUCUAGAGCAGAAACAAUGGGCAACUUCCACUGGCAUCUACAGUUCCACAUUCUCUGAUCUAUAUCCUUCUAAUGUAGGCCUACGGGCAGGUACGUGAGGACUGAGUGUUACAACUAGCUAAAAGCAUUCAUCAUUUAUCAUAACAGUGAAACAAAUUCCACAGAGACAGUAAAAUAUGUUCAUUGGUCUAUCAUGAGAAACAAUCAAUCAACAAAAAGCAAAGAAACAAAAGCAGGAUUUUUUUUUCUUUAUUUAUGCCAUGUUCGUGUUAUGUGUUUUGGCAUUUUGCAGAUAUGUGCCUGGUAUAUGAGUGAGCGUGCUGAAAGAAUAUUUACUAUUACUAUUGAAUAAAGUUAAUGUAAUGUGAUUUUACAGACAAAUUGCCGUGGCUGUAACAUUCAUUAAAUGUUUCACCAAAAUCUAA